AUGUCUAAAUUGGAAACCCUGUUUGAUGGCAUAGAGGAAAAUGCAGGUGAAGUGUUAUCCGACGAUGAAAUUCCACUUGAUAAGGACGACGAUCCAGAAGCGGCUGCUGAUGGAAAUGAGGUCAGUGAACCGGUGAAGGUGGAACCAAAAAAACGAACAGUUCGGAAUCCCCGGGUAACGCUGAAUGUUGAAAGAUUGCGUGGUCCUCGAGGAAUUGUUGACAUGGAAAACUAUUUCAAGAAUGUUAAGUUUCGAGGAAAAGGACACGAAGCCGAAAAUUUAAAGGUCAUCAUGCAGCGCAUGGAACUCUGGGCUCACCGAAUGUUUCCAAAGUGGACCUUUGAUGAUUGUUUGGACAAAAUCGAAAGUCUCGGAAAAAAGCGAGAGAUGCAAUCAUACAUGAGUAAAUAUCGAAUGGGAACGCUCGAACAGCCAGUGGUUGACGAACGAGAAGAAAUCGAAGAGCCAGCAUACGAAUCUAAUGUACUGAAUAAUCCUCUGGAUCCGCUCGAUAGCAUGCUCGAGGAACAAAUUGCGAUUUCACGAGCCGGCAACCUUAAUACUUCCGGUAUUGGAAAUCUAUCGGUUUCUGAAAGGAACUUUGAUUCUUUACGCGAGGACAGUAUAACUAUGACACCGUCAAGUUCAUCGAACGCUCCAAAAGACGCUUCACCGGGAUUAUCGGAUGAGAUGCGAGCCAAAAUAGCAGCAAACCGGUUGAAAGCAUUGGAAAUUCGUAAAGCAAAAAUGCUCGCCGCCGCCGUCGCUGGACCCAGCGAGGAAUGA